AUGUCGUUCUACGAACAAACUGGAACAAAUGCCAGUGGAACGGAUCAUCGUAGAAAGUGGAAUGAGGUGAGUAAUAGUCAAACCGAAAUUUGGGACUUUUAUCUUGUUAAUUUUUGUUGAUUAUCGAUUUUAAUGAUUUUAGGCCGACUACGCGUUGAAAGCGCAAGCUCGAUUGUUAGAAGAGAAGGAAAAGGAAGAUAUUCGAUUAGGAAAAGCCAAGCCGGAUGGGCCGAAAGUUAAAAGGGAACUUCUCAAAGCUCGCGACUACAAAGUGAAGAAGAUUAGGCAAAUUGGAAGCUAUAAAAUAGAAUUUUAGGUUGAUUUGGAAUCGAAAGUGGGUAAAUCGGUUGUAAUCAAUAAAGCGACGCCGUCGGCCGAAACGGGCGGUUUCUACUGCAACGCUUGUGAUUGUGUGGUGAAAGAUUCCAUCAAUUUCCUGGACCAUAUCAAUGGCAAGAAUCAUCAGAGGUUUCUUAUAUAUUUUUCAUGAAUUUUAACAUUUUUUUCCGUGUAGAAACAUUGGAAUGUCGAUGAAAACUAAGCACAGUACGGUGGACGACGUCCGGGAGCGAUUCAGGGUCCUGAAAGAGCAAAGUAAAAAUUUAACUUGAUAAAAAAAUAAUAAUUAAAUUACAGAAGAACGAGAAAAACGAGAACAAGCCGUAGAAUCGAUGCUGGAAGACGUGCAAGAGGAGGAAAUGCGGAUGGCCGAUUAUAAAAAGGUUCGUUUUGUUUUGGAAAAAAAUUAUGUUUCUGACUCAGCUUUUCAAGGUUCCAGGAAUGUUUCAGAUGUUUAGAAAACAAUGCAUUUGUCGUUUAUUUUUGUGUUUUUAAUUGAACUUUUGAGCAGAAAUUUUUCUUUUUUUCAGGUUCAUUAAUAAUUUUUUUGAGGCUCUUGGAAGUUUCGUAUUAAAUUAAAUACAACUAGAAACGGCCCUUCACUUUGAAAAAUUCAUGAGAUUUUUUUCUAUGUUCCUUUAAGAAUGCAACUAUUUUUUUGAACAGAUUUUUGUUCGAUUCUUAAUAAUUUGAAUAUCAUUUUAUACGCCAAACUGAAUAUAUUGUUAAUAGCGAAAUUUGGCAAAAAUCAAAAAAUUUAACUGUUUUUCUUUAAAGUUAAAUUUCAUUACCAAGCGUCAUUGACUUGAAUUUUUUUCUUUUUAAAAUAUUUGCUCAGAUUAUUUCUAUAGGUCUUUAAAAAGUUCAACAAGCUCCUAAGCUUUGCCAAUCUUUACCAAGUUGAAAAAAAGAACUUGAUCUAGGCAAAAUCGAAAAAGACUCCAUUGAAGUGUUCACUUCAGGGGCAAAGUUUCCUUUUUUGCUGCCUUUUUGCGCCAUUUCAUAGGCUAUCAUGCACCAUUUUUGCUGUCUCUCAUUUUGUCUACCAUUUCUUGAUUUUUUAAAAUCCUGGAAAAAUGGAAGACUCGAUAAAGGAAAUUUUUUUUUGAUCCUCUCUCAUCUAACUGCUAUUAUUCACCCUUCCGACUUUGUCCGAAAUGGAAAAAUUGAGUGAUUUAUUUUGAUGAAACCUGACGUUUUUCUAAUUCAAAUUUUGAACUAAAUACGCGUUUUUAGGCGAAAAAGAACGACAGCCGUAAGAGGAAACGAGAAACGAAGCCUGAAGAGGAAGAAGCGGCCGACGGCGAAGACCUCGAUCCAGAACUUCGCGCCAUGAUGGGCUUUUCUGGCUUUAGCACUUCUAAGAAAUAA